GCGAGCGAGUGGGAGGGGGGGUUCGUUUGAACCCCAAACCUCCCCCCAGCCUACGCACCUGCAAUAUUCUUUGGAAAUUAAAAAGCCCGGGACGUGACAGCUGCUUGUUUUCAUAUGGCGGAAUUUCAGUUUCACAAGCAACGUUGUUCACCCAAGCGCCAUGGCUAGGUAUGUGCUACACUACUUCAAGUUUCAUGGGAGGGCAGAAGCUAUUCGGCUCGCUUUCAAGCUGGCGGGAGUCGACUACCAAGAAAAGUACAUACAAUGGCCAACAGAGUGGGAGCAGAAUAAGCGAAGAUAUCCUACACAGCAACUCCCCGUGUUGGAAGUUGACGGGAAGAUGAUUGGGCAGAGCAAGGCAAUCCUGCGAUAUGUAGGCAGAGAAUUCGGGCUCUAUGGAAAUACGUCCCUAGAGGCAGCCCACAUAGACCAGGUUAUCGACACAGUAGACGAUAGCUGGGCGGUGGUCAAUGAUUUGUACGUGGGCACCAAAGAGGAACAGACGGCAAGCACCCGGAAGUUUCUUACAGAAGUGACCCCGUUGGUCUACGCAACAUUAGACCGUCUCCUCGACUUGGAGCAGGCUGGGGAAUACUUCGUCGGAAAUUCGAUAACGAUCGCCGACCUCUUCUUUUUCACUACGGUGGAUUUUGUUAAUUUCGUCUCCAAGGGCUCCAACUCCUUAAAGAAGUUCCCCAAGCUUAUGGCCGUCAAGGGUCGUGUCGCUGAUAACCCAAAGGUCGCAGCGUGGCUGGCGGUGCGUCCGCCCGAGCCCCCCUACGACGAGCCCGAAUAGGGUUGAAAUACGUAGCCGAGAGAGUUUGGCCGACGCAACCAUCGAUCCCGAGUGAUCUUGAUGUCUUAAAAGUCUUCAGUCAGUAAACCGUUUGAAACUUCAGUGUGCAGCUUGUAGACUUCAUUAUGGCAGUUAGACCUGUUUGCCUAAUUGGUCUGUGUUUUAUUCAAAUGUAUAGACACCCAUCACGAUUAGAAUCUAGCCGGCUUAGACCAGUAUAGAAAAGUACACGCUCCUACAGUCUACAGCGAAAUUCAGGUUAUAGUGCAAAUGACUCUGAAUUACAAGACUAGUACGACUGGACACAUUUCUCGGUCAUUUUAGUUAAAGGAAUAGGACUGCAAUUAGUUGGGGAAGCUGACCUGAUUUGAUGAACACCGGUCGUCCAAUAAUCAAGAUUUGUUUUUAUAGUAUAUUGAAGUUUUUCUCGGAGUUAUAUUCGAAAAGCUGAUGGAAACCAGUUCAAGAAGCUACUGGUAGCGCACUUUCAGCACCCAAGACGGGAGGAUAAGAAUACCAAAGAUCCAGUGACGUAUCUUGUAGGUUGUAAAACUUCCAUUAGUCAAUCGCAAGACUGAACUAACUCACAAUUAUUGCAAUUACUUUUUCGGGGGUGAGGGUGGUGUUAUGGCAUUUGCAUGUGUCGGCACUCCAAAGGAUUUCCGUUCUGAUGUUGGGAAUGCAUCUUCGCACAGGUCGACUGAUUCGCAAACAUAAACAAAUAAAAAGCUGGGCGCCCAAAAUUUGGAGGAGCACAAUGAAAUCAAAUCAUGACUUUGUCGCCGUUGGUGAGGCCAUUUAAUCUCUUUAUUUAUCCUGGACCGUCUGUAACCGUACAUACGAUUCCUACAUGGUUUAUACUUUUUAGGGGGCGAACGUUAGUUAUGAAGGGCCUUUUUGGAAAUGGCUCUCAAGCUGCGUAGUGCAAGAAAAUGAAAGUAUAAAAUACCGUACAUUUGAAAGACGUCAACUUUAACAAAUAUAACUUGUUUUCAUUUUAAUUGAUAACUAUGAAGAGAAUAGUAGAUUACAUUAAAACCAAGUACAAUUUCA